GUCAAAUCUUAUUUGCAGAAACAUUUUUAAACGACGGUCUAAAAUAAAUAUCAAGUAAUAUUGUUUUCUUAGUCUUUAAUAAUCAUAGCUUGCAAAUCUGGAUGAAACUAGGGAGAAGAUGAUUGCCGCCUCAGAACCGGUGGAGUAUAUUCCUGGUGGAAGACAGACAAUUUUACGACAUCCUGAAUCAAUAGUUAAUCAGCAGUCUUUAAGUAAUCAAACAGAAGGAGAAAGUAUUCUGUUACAGAAAUUUAGUCGUAGAGAAUUUUGGAUUGUACGAGAAAAUGAUACAUUUGGUGAAGAAGAGUUGUAUUGUUCUGGCAGAAUUGCAAUUCAUUCAAAGGGCAAUCAAAGUACUAGAGUAUUGCAAACAAGUUAUACUUGUGAAACAGAUAUUGAACAUGCACUAUGGUGUAAAUUUCAUGUUAAUAUACCUGAUCGGUCAACAAAAGGCAAAGAAAUGGAAGAUGAGGAAAGUGAUGAUGAAUCAGUUGAAUGCAUUUGCUUAAUUGAUUCAUAUACCCUUAAAGUAUUUAGUGAAACUGGAGAAGAUUAUGUGUCUAGUUUACAAUUUCAGGUAUCUGCUGUAUGGCCAACAAAAUAUGGGAUUUUGUUGGAAAAAACACAAGUUUCCUUGAAUGAAACAAGCAGAUACACAUCACUAGAAGGAAAUAGAUUACAAUCGCAUAAUGACAUUAAUUUACCAGUGGCAUUUUCUCUAAUGCAUCCUUUAGAUGAAAUUUGUCCUGUACUUAUUAAACACGGAAACAUAUCAUAUAUGUAUGACUCAAAUCAACAAAUUCUAUUUACUAGUUCUGAACCAUCCUUGGCUGUGAUAUAUGAUGCAAAGACUGGGUUACAUUCUGUAUAUAAAAUACGUAAAGCUUUAGCAGAAGAAUGUCAGAUAGUUUGUGGAAAUAAUGACACUACACCUAGUAUUUUUAAUCAUUCAAUGAGUGCAUCUCCGUUAAAUAUUGGAAAUAAUAUUUCACAUAACAAAAGUUGUACAAAUAAAGGACAUUUAAGCAUAUUUGGAGUACCAAAUCCACAAUUAAGUAUUGGUUUAGGAGUAUCGCACAGUCCAUUUAGCUCGCGAACAUCUUAUACUACUACUUGUUCCGGGGGACCAUCACCUUCUCAACAACAGCAACAACAUUCUAGAUCUCAAAGUCCAAUGGCAACUAUUUCGCGCUGUCAAUCUCCUACUCAUUCUGCUUUCUCACCUUUACUCGGUGUGCCAGGUAGCUCAGUUAUCCACCACAGCAGGUUACAUCAAGCAGUUAUGACUACUGCCUUAAGUCAUUCACAAAACAGUCCUUUUGGUAAUUGCAACAGUAUGCAGUUACAAGAUGUUGUUAUACCAAGUAAACCUUUGUACCCUGAAAUUUGUCUUGAUCAUGUUUGGACUGAAAAUGUUGGAAUUCCAAAGGAUGCCGUGUCUUGUCGAGCGUCUAAAGUUUUCCUAUCAUCAGAUCUCGUAGGCCAAAGUUAUUUAUGUUACUUAGUUCCGUAUAGAUCUCAGUUGUAUUUAGUAAGGCUUGAGAAAACUAACAAACAGCAACAAAUCAUUUUCGGCAUGGUAACAAGUAUUGUAGCUAAAGAUGCUGUUAAUGUACCAAAUUUACAUAUGAUAGCAACAAUGGAUUUAUCAAAUGGAGUGGUACUAUACUCUGGUGUAACUUGCAUUGGCAAGUUACAUGUAACGGGAAUACUUCCCAAUUUGAGUGGAUGCCACUACUUCUUAUCUAGUAAUAAUCAUAAAUUAGGUUCUCCGUUUCCACGACGAAGUUCAUUGAUCUCUCAAAAUUAUGUUCCUUCUCAUGAUAUUAAAUUUGAAGAAGGAUUACAUUUAUUAAGUCCUGUAGGUGAUAAUUGUGCAAGACCACCUAUUCUUUUAGAAAAUUCUUUAGUAGACUCUAAUUUUCUUGUACUGAAAGAAGCGGUAGGGAACAAAGUUACUUUAGAACAUGGAAGUAAGAAUUACUUUCGAAUAACGUUACCGACAUCGAGUACAUCACCCUUAGUAACUAAAUGUUUGCAUACAUUAAGAAGUGUUUUGCAAAAGGAUUUGGCAAUGCAGUUACUAGUAAAAUGGUACGGUGCUAGAAAUGCCCCUGGACCUCAAGAUUUUUCGCCAGAACAAGAAUGGUGCCUUUUUCUUAUAGUAUUGUUUACAUUAUUGGGGUACGAAGUAGAAAAAUUACAGUUAAUUCAAAAGCAUGAGAAAGAUCAAUUUGCUGAACGCAAUAGUCCUAUGGUAGUGCCAAAAAAGCAGAAAACAAAUAAUUCUGGAUCUAGCGACGAUUGGAAGUACAUGAUUAGUUUUGUAAAAAAUGGAAAUUCUCAGACUUUCCUUUCAAAUAUACUUGGCCUUCAAAAAACUUCAAGCACGUUUCAAAUGUCGGUACCAAACGCCGUGGAAUCAAAUAGUGCAGGAAAAAUAAAUGUACAAUCUAUUCUGUUUCCAUAUUUUCCACUUGUUUUAUUUUCUUUGCAUCUUUUGUACGAAGAAUUAAAGUUAAACUGUGUAAUGUCAGAAAGCUUACCUUUACUUGCACAAUUGCUUUAUCAAUUAAGUUCAGACUUAAGAUUUGAUAUGUACACCCAUCAUUAUUUUCUCGAUUUUCCAUCAAUAUGUCAAUUAAAUUUUACAUCUCAAAUUAAAGAAGCAGAUUUACAAAAAAUUACUAUGCCAAAUUAUAUAUCGUCGAAACCACCGAAUAUAUUUGAAACAUUAAAUAAUUUAUUAAAUCAUGUGGAGAUAGUACCAUUCCCUUACUUGAGCCAAGUAAAUCCUAAAACAAAGAAUAUAGUUUACUUAAUGGCACUCAUAGCAAAUGAAAAUAAAGUUAAUACAUUGGAAAUUGAUAAAUUUGUGAAACAUAUAAUGUCAAUUGGAAGUCGAAUAGACUUUCAAGAAGGUGGAAAUAAGUAUGAAAAGGAAAUAUUAAAAAGGGUCGAACAUCCUACAAUAGAUAGAAUAGUAUUAUUGUAUCAUGAAAUGGGUAUGAAUAAAAAGGAUCUUGAAACGUUACCUACUGGUAUAUCAUUAGUGUUAAAAGAUAUAAUGUACAGAUGUAGAGAACGACCUCCGUCAAAUUGGCCGAUGCAGGCAUAUGAAUUAGUAGAUCGUCAAGAUUUGGCUGUAUUAGACAAACACAUAAAAUUUACUGCGUCAAAUCAACACGUAGAAAAUGAAGGAAAAAAUUAUUCAAUCAAAGAUCCUGAACAAGAUGAUGGCAUGGAGUUUGAUGAUGCUGUAUUGAAAUUAAGAUUCAAUAAAGAUCAUAGAAUAGCAGAAGUUCGAAAACUUCUGAAUUCAUCAAAGCCAGUAAGAAUAGCUAUAAUACAAAGACCAGAUGUAAGUGAUCAUGAAUUCAUAGAAGAACAGGAGAAGCACUUACAUGCACUGUGCACGAGAACAAUGGCUCUUCCAGUAGCUAGAGGAAUGUUUACUCUCAGAACUUCUACUCCUAUUAUCACAGAACAAUUACCGAUCCCUCGACUUUGUUUAACUGGAAAAGCACCUCCUCGUGGGACUACUAUAGAAUUAGCUCACAUAGACGUCCCUCCAAACAUGAAUUUAUGGCCAUUAUUUCAUAAUGGUGUAGCUGCAGGUCUUCGCAUUCAUCCAGAUGCGUCUAACAUUGAUUCGACAUGGAUAGUAUAUAAUAAGCAACAACAAGGAGAGUUCGGUAUCGAACAUUCAGGAUUCUUAAUGGCUCUUGGUUUAAAUGGUCAUCUAAAGAACUUGGCGCCUUUUAGUAUGUACGAAUAUCUGGUCGAGUGUCAUGAAGCCACUAGCGUUGGCCUUUUGCUAGGAUUAUCAGCAACUCAUCGUGGUACAAUGAACGUAUCAAUGACUAAACUUCUAUCUCUGCACGUGGAAACAUUGUUACCGCCAACUAGUAUUGAACUGAACGUUCAGCAAAAUGUUCAAGUUGCUGCAUUGAUGGGAGUUGGUCUGGUAUAUCAAGGAACUGCUCACAGGCACAUUUCACAUGCUUUGUUAUCAGAAAUUGGCAGGCCACCGGGUCCAGAAAUGAAAAAUUGCGUGGAUAGAGAAUCGUAUUCCUUAGCAGCAGGAUUGGCAUUAGGUUUGGUAGUCUUAGGAUAUGGAAGUGGAUCGGACUUAGCCAGUAUACCAGAUACUUUACAUUAUUACAUGGUCGGUGGACAUGUUAGACCUUUUACUGGUGCACAAAAAGACAAAUACAAAUCACCUAGUUACCAAAUAAGAGAAGGUGAUUCUAUAAACAUCGACGUAACGAGUCCAGGAGCAACUAUAGCCUUAGGUCUUAUGUAUUUCAAUACCGGGAAUAAAGCAGUAGCAGAAUGGAUGCAAGCUCCUGAUACUCAAUAUCUAUUAGAUUUCGUACGACCUGAUUUCUUGUUAUUGAGAAUAUUAGCUAAGUCACUUAUCCUAUGGAAUGAAAUUGAACCAACAAAAUCUUGGGUUUCCAGUCAUGUUCCUAAUAUCGUUUAUAAAUAUAGAUUACAAAAACCAACUUCUGAAAUAGCGCAAAGCGUGGAUUUAGAAACCAUGAACCAAGCCUACUGUAAUAUAAUUGCUGGUGCCUGUAUGGCUCUAGGCUUAAAGUAUGCCGGCACUGCUAAUAAGGAUGCUUUCAAAACCUUGUACAAUUAUGCCCAAAUGUUUACGGCGUUGUCCCAUAAAACCAUCGCUGAAUUAGCAGGGAAAUCAACUAUCGAAACGUGUUUGAAUGUUACUUUACUUUCUGCUGCUGUUGUAAUGGCAGGAACAGGAAACUUGGAGAUUAUGAGAAUAUGUCGACAUAUAAGGACUCGAGUAGGGCCAGCAAGUAGUGUUGUUACAUAUGGAUCUCAUUUAGCAACACAUAUGGCUCUUGGCCUUCUUUUCCUUGGAGGAGGAAAAUAUACUCUUUCCAACAGUCCCAGUGCAGUGGCUGCUCUUAUAAUUUCUCUUUUCCCAAAGUUUCCAACGCACAGCAAUGAUAAUAGAUAUCAUUUACAGGCACUACGACAUCUGUACGUGUUAGCUGCUGAACCACGCGUUAUUUUACCGAGAGACAUCGACAGUGGUCAGUAUUGCUAUGCGACGGUACAUUUAACUUUUGAAUCGGAAAAAGAAGCUGAAGGACAAGAUUUAGUCCUUCAAGCCCCGUGUUUACUACCGCAGUUGUGUAACAUGAGGAAGCUUGAACUAAAGGAUGAUCGGUAUUGGGAAAUCGUUUUUGAAAAGGGUCACAAUUGGCAGCAACUAGAGAAUAUGCUUAAAAACUGCGAAUACUUAAGUGUGAAACAAAGAGCUGGCUGCUUACCAUACAUAGAAGAUCCUCACGGUUUCCGAAGUUUAAUUGCUCAGACAUUAACAACAGAAAAUGUUAUUGCAUGGGCGGCUCGUCCUGAAUGUGUGACUUCUUUCACAAAUGACAAAACUGUUUUAAAUAUAGUGAAGUACUUUUUACAGUGGCCUAAAAAAGAGAAGAUUAAAAACGAAAAUACAUUGAAAACGCAAUCUUGUGGUAGUUUAGGUAAAAGCAGUUCUGGAUAUCUAACUCAAAGCUUAAGUGAUACAUCUGAAAAAAUUAGUGGUAGUUGGAAUGGACAAUCAUAUUCUUGUAAUGAAAAAAUGGAAAUUGCAGAUCUAUCGUCUGAUUUAAAAGAUAUUAGUUAUAUACGUGAAACGCAGUAUUCUGAUAUGUCGGAAUUCGAAGAACAAUUUCUACACACGUUUGCUAUAAUUGUUUGCGAAUGUGUGAUAAAAGAUAAAGUGAGUCUUCUUCCCUUAUGGAUGAAUUUGAUAAAAAGUUUAGAGAUUGCAGAAAAAGAACCGAACAGUUUUUCUAUAUGGCAAAUAAAACUUGUUUCAUCUCAUAUGUUAAAGAAACAUUAUACAGAUAAUAAAAAUCCAUUGCUUAGCACAGAGAGUGUACUUGCAAUACAGCAGAAAAUUUCCUUUAUUAUGGAUAGCUGGGAGCAUGAGUUAACACCAUAUAUUAAAUCUUAUCUAACCACUGGAAAUAUUCGAGGUGAUACAAUAUCGUUACGAAAAAUGUGCUCGUAUUUCGUAUUUUAUGACAUACCUCAUAAAAUAGAUCAUCAAACAAUCUUAACAUCGUUAUUAAAACCGGAAAGUAGAUCUAAACUACCCAAUGUUACAUUGUGCAAAUUGUAUAAAAUAUUAAAAUCAUAUUAAUUAUGUUAAAUUAGUUUUGUAUGGUGUAUUUGUAUAGAAGAUGAUCAUUGAAUUAAAUUAUAUUUAUAUUUCAUAAUUGAACAAAUGUGGAGAACAUAGACUGAUCAUUUUCAUCAAGCUCUUUUGUUAUACAUAUAGUUAGGUAAACU